CAGCCAGCAGAAAAGCCAGCGUUGGAAAACUGUUUCUACCCAUUGACUCACCACCACCCUCUCUUCGCUCAAUUGCAUCCUUCCUUUUGCUAUCUAACGUCAUUCCCUUCUCUCCUCCCCCCCCCUACUUACGAAAAUGGCUCGCUCUGCAUCCCUAAACCGCGACACCAACGAAACCAAGAUCCAAAUCUCCUUAAAUCUUGACGGCGGGACCCUCGAGCCCUUCCAAGCCUCAAAAUUCUGGGAUGCCAUCGACGCACAGCAAACAAAUGGCGAGACAAAAGAACAUGCUAGCCAAAGCAGUAAAAGCCAGGACAUUGCAAUAGACACGGGAAUCGGGUUUCUAGACCACAUGUUGCAUGCGCUUGCGAAGCACGCGGGAUGGAGUUUGAGAAUUCGAUGUCGGGGAGAUUUGCACAUCGACGACCACCACACCUCCGAAGACGUCUGCCUCGGCCUCGGCCUCGCCUUCAAAACCUCUCUCCGCACCUCCACCGGCCUGACCCGCUUCGGCAGUGCCUACGCUCCCCUCGAUGAAGCUCUAUCGCGCGCCGUGAUCGACCUUUCUAACCGCCCCUACUCUGUUAUCAACCUAGGACUCAAGCGGGAGAGAAUCGGAGAUCUCAGUUGCGAAAUGGUGCCGCACUGCUUACAAUCGUUUGCGCAAAAUGCGGGCGUGACGUUGCAUGUGGAUGUGUUGCGCGGUGAUAACGACCAUCAUAGGGCGGAGAGUGCGUUUAAGGCGUUGGCGGUGGCGAUUAGGAUUGCGACGAGUCCGUUAAGUGGGAGAGAGGGGGAGGUUAUGAGUACUAAGGGCGUAUUGUUUUAACUGAGGCAGCGUGGGAGUUGGGGGUUUCGAGGGUGGGUAGUGGGGUGAGUGU